AUGGCGAUCGGCUUCAAGGGAGAAUUCAGUUGUUGGAGCAAGUUUGUGAAAGCGAAGUAUGCUUUAGAUUUUCGAUCAGUUGGAGGUGUCGGCCUGGCCUCUUUUGCCUCGCCAACCUGGAAGCAUAUCUGCAAAUUGUGCCCUGUUGUUGCUAUCUGCACGCACUGGCUUAUCGGCCAAGGGGAUUGCAAUUUCUGGAAUGAGGAUUGGUCUGGUCUGGGACCUCUCAACGCUUGGAAAUUGCUACCCUUAUUCCCUUCCCAUCAACUAGCUAAGGUCAGCGACGUGAUUGGACCUUCCGGUUGGUCUUCACUAUCCCAAGUGACCCAUCUUCUCCCGCAGGCAGUCCUCGACCAUAUCUCAGAUGUGGGGAUAUGCACCUCUGCCUUCGCUGAUAAAUGUAUCUGGUUAGGUUCCACAUCAGGCGAACUCACUGCAAGUCUAGCUUGGCGUAGUAUCAGACCUUGUGGCGAUAGGAAACCCUGGUGGAAGUGGGUGUGA